AUGAAGCUGGUGACGGAUGUGUCUCAGUGCUUCCUGGACCUGCGCCCAGGAGGCGGGCUUUGCCACAUCCUUGGCACUGCAUACAAGUUCAAGACUGAUCAGGGCUGGAGAAGGUUUGACCUACAGAACUCCUCCAGGACGGACCGAAACGUAGAGAUGUUUACUACUCUGGAGAAGACCCUGGUCCAGAAUAGCUGUCUGUCGAGGCCCGUCGUGUAUGUGGACCAGGAGGUGGAUCAGAACCUGAACAGCAGACUGGCUGACAUCAUCACCAAACACCAGGGUUCGUUGACUGAGGACAGAACCCAAGCCUCUCACCACAUCUACCCCUGUCCAGCUGUCACAGACCAAGAUUGGGAGUGGGUGCGCCCUGUUAUGCGGAAGGACAACUAUGUGUUGGUGCACUGGGGCAGGCACCCUGACAGGCCUGACCGUAAGUUUACUCCAGUGAAGAAGAGAAGACGCUCCCCCUCUCCUCCCUCUUCCGAUGGCAAAAAGAAAGGAGGAAAGAAGAGUGGUGGGUUUAAGAGGCGUGGGCCAAAGGAGGAAGAGGAAGACGUAAAGGAGGAUCUGACUAAAGAUAUGGAGGAUCCAACACCUGUCCCUAAUAUGGAAGAAAUUAUACUGCCUAAGAAUGUGAACCCAAAGAAGGACAGUGAGAACACUCCUGUCAAAGGAGGGAUGAUGACCGACCUGGAUGAAAUUGAGGACGACUCUCUGCUUCCUGGUGGAAGGGAGGAUGAGGAGGGCAGAGAGGGGCUGCGUCUGUCAGAUGGAGAAGACAACAUCACAGAACAAACUCACCACAUCAUCGUCCCGUCCUACACCGCCUGGUUCAACUAUAACUGUAUUCACCAGAUCGAGAAACGAGCUCUUCCAGAGUUCUUUAACGGACAGAACAAGUCCAAAUCUCCAGAGAUAUACCUGGCAUAUCGUAACUUCAUGAUUGACUCGUACCGGCUGAACCCCCAGGAGUACCUCAGCUCCACCUCCUGCAGACGGAACCUGACAGGAGAUGUCUGCGCUGUCAUGAGGGUCCAUGCGUUGUUGGAGCAGUGGGGGUUAGUGAACUACCAGGUGGAUGCAGAAAGCAGACCUCUCCCUAUGGGACCCUCUCCCACCCCUCACUUCAACACACUGGCUGAUACACCCUCAGGACUGGCCCCGCUGCAGCACAGACCACUACAGGUGUCGUCCUCCCAGCAGAUGUUGUUCUUCCCUGAGAGAAGUGUAGAGAAGCCCUCAGACUCUCAGAACUUUGGCCUCAGAACAGACCUGUAUGCCAGGAAACACCCCAAGAGUAAAGGAGCCAGUUCAGGGAGGGAUUGGACAGAACAGGAGACCCUCCUACUGUUGGAGGCGUUAGAGGUCUAUAGAGACGACUGGAACAAGGUGUCAGAACACGUGGGGUCUCGUACCCAGGACGAGUGCAUCCUCCACUUCCUGCGCCUGCCAAUAGAAGACCCUUAUCUGGAGGACUCCGCCUCCUCUCUUGGCCCAUUGGCCUACCAGCCCGUUCCUUUCAGCCAAUCAGAGAAUCCGGUGAUGAGCACCGUGGCGUUCUUGGCGUCCGUGGUUGAUCCCCGAGUUGCCUCCGCCGCCGCCAAGGCUGCUUUGGAGGAGUUUUGUCGUGUGCGUGAGGAAGCUGACAAGGUUCUGGAGUUCCCUGCACUCAAUGAGGCUGAGAAGGCAGAUGUGAUGGAUGGUGAGAAGAUGGAGACUGACUCUGGCUCCCAGCAGUCUCUGCAGGCGGAUAGACAGACUGUUCUAGAGCCCAGUGGAGGAGAGAGGUCAGUGGAGGGAGAACGAGUUAAGAGAGAGAAUGCUGAAAUGACAGUCACAGAGGAAAGAGACUGCGAUAGCGGAGGGAACCACGAGACAGACCGAGGGGAGAAGGAUGAGAUUGCUGGACGAUGGAGGGAAGUAGAGCAGGAUGAAGGGAGGAGACUAGCAGAGCUGGAGUUGGUAGAUGGGACCGUUACCACGGCAGCAGCUGCUGCUCUCGGUGCCGCCGCUACUAAGGCCAAGCACCUAGCAGCAGUAGAGGAGAGGAAGAUCAAGUCUCUGGUGGCUCUGUUGGUGGAGACUCAGAUGAAGAAGCUUGAGAUCAAACUGAGACACUUUGAGGAGCUGGAGACCAUCAUGGACCGAGAGAAAGAGGCUUUGGAGCAACAGCGUCAGCAGCUGUUGUCAGAGCGACAGAGUUUCCACUCUGAGCAGCUGAAACAUGCAGAGAUGAAGAUUCUACAGCAGAGAGAGCAGCAAGCACCAUACACUCCACAACAACACACAGGCCAGUCCAUGCCCAGCCAGAUGACGUCUACUGGGGGAAACCCUCUCACCAUGGCCCCCCGACACCCUGGAGCUCCCAACGGCAUGUACCCACCACCACAGCCUGAUGGGAUAGCUCCGACCCAGCCUGGUCCUCCAAGCACAGCCAUACACAGCCGGGGAGCAGAAACAUGAGACCACACCUUGACCCCAGUCACCUUAUGAAUACACACAGUACAUAUUUUGGAUCCACAGUAAGAAACAGUCAAGGAAUCUAAUCUUCACAUUGGACAGGUCCUCAUGUGACUGUCAUUUUGAUGUCAUUCAACCAUUGUUACACACACUUGCUGUAUGCUUUAUUGACCAGUGCUGAAGAGUAUAAGCAAAUCAUUGUGUUUUAUAUGAAACUAUC